AUGGAGCAGGAGUUGGUGCGUUUGGGUGAAUUGCCAGAAGCCAUUUAUUCGUAUCAGAUCAUCGAUAAUUACUUGGAACCACAGCAACCACAAGAAAAGAAUAGUGCGGCCGAUCUUUCCAAAGAAGAAGAAGUGACGAUACAACAGCACCGAGCCUUCCUGGAUUUGGAGGAAAAUGAAUGGUCUAGAAACCUCACCACCAUAUUACUGUCAGUGGGUGCUUCCGAAACAAAGCAAUUUUUCAUCCUGUUAAAUAGAUACUUUUUAUCAAGUAAAUACCGUUUGCAAAUUGUAUAUUUAUUAAGUGAGUUCAUUCGUAAAAGGUACGACAACUCCACUACCCUCAUUGCUAUUUCUGUUACCAAUAUGAUCAUGUUAUUACCACGUAUGAGUACAUCCUUACCACCCUUCUUACCCCAGUUAUUUUAUAUCUUUGCAAGAGCCAUUUGUUGGGACCAACUUCGCGAUCUCAGAAAGAAACAGAGCUUCGAAGCAAUGAGUAACAAGACACAAACAACCGCAGACGGAUGGGAUUGUGAAAAGAACUUUGCUUUACCCGAGGAGUUUGAUGAAGAAACGUUCAAGACGCGCACGAUACCUCAAGUAAGUCGGCAUUUGUUACACCCCAAUCUCGUCUUGAUGGAUGCUCAGACGGAAUUAACAGAUAAGACGCGAUGGAUGAAGAUGGAACCGCCGGAUGUGAUUGCCCAGAUUAUGGCGCUUGAUUUAACUAAUGCCGCAUCAAGAGUAGCUUUUUCCACUAGCUACAACAACGCAAAAGAACAACAUCUUCAAAGGGACAAAGAAGUCGACCUGUUGGAUGAAAGUGUAUUGCAGGACACGGUUGAGAAAAAAGACGACGAGACUCAACAACAGCAGAAAAAGGAGGGGGAUAAUAUUGUUACCCUCCAUAAAGCGCUCAAAAGUGGCACAGAAGUAUUGAUCGGCGAAGAUAUUUGGGACGCCUCGUCCGAACCCACCUUGACGGUAACCACGCCGACCAGUGCCAACGUAAAUACGUCUUCUGCUUUCUCGACGCCUACCUUACCUCAGCCGUACGAUGCUCCCUCGUCUUCCACCGAAGACGAUAUGUCGUCCACCCAGACCAAACUCCAUUUCGCCGCGCUCAAAAGAGAGCUCAACUUUGAACUUUUUCUCAAACAGCAACAUCUCCAGCACAUCGGUCGUCUUCACCGUGAUCACGUUUUAGAUACCUCGGUCGAAGCGGAGCGUCAGCAACUGUACAAUACCAAUCGCAUGCUGAAAGCGCAACUCCACCAAACCACCGCUGCCUUGGAAAAACUCAAAUCGGAAUCCGCCAUGACGAAACAAAAGCAUAUCAAAUGGGAAGAUGAACAGUCAGGCAAAUUACGAGGCUACCGUGAAGCUCGAAAAGAAUGGCAGAAUCAAAUGGCCGUCAAGCAACACCAAGUCUAUGACUACGAGAAACAACUCGACGAACAAAGGAGACAAUUGGACAAGGCCAGAGAAAGAAUAUUUGAGCUUGAGAAUGAGCUAAAGACUUUAGAGCCGACGCUAGCACAAGUAGCCGGGAACGAACAUCGUGUCCAACAGCUGACAAAACAAAUGUUGCUAUGGGAAGAAGAUACAGCGCAUAUGGAAGAACAAAAAGCUUAUAUUAAGGGCUUGCUGUCCAAAUGGUGGAGUAUGGAAGAGUUGGUAGCAAGUUUGCAAACACAGAAUAGUAGGCUUCAAGAAGAAAGAGCUCAAAGUGAAGAAACUAUGGCUAAGCUGAAAGUGCAAUGUAUGGAUUACCAGCAUCAAGUCGACAAUUUCAGUAAAAGCUUCAAUACAGAAAAGGUGUCGACAGACACGGAUAAACUAAAUCAAUCUUUAAAUGAACUAAAGCAAAAAAUCGAGGCAUUGGAGAUUGAGAAGCUGGAGUUGACAGCCGAAAUAGAGACUUUAAAGUUUGCAAUCAAAGGGGGUAGUUCUAUAGAAAGCAGUAGUAAGAUUCAGCAGACCGAAGCCAUUACGGCCGAAUAA